CGUGCAAAUCACUUCAUACUUGGUUCUUAGAGCGAACACAUCGAGAAGCAAAAAAGCCAAAAACACACAAAAUCGAAAUAAGUAAAAAAAAAAGAAAAACAAAGUCCACAAGGAAAUCAAGUUCGGAAGCGUUUUAAAAUAAAAGGAACGCUUAAAGAGUGUUAAGAACUGCAGUGCUGUUAAAUAAUUAUUAAAUUCUCUCAUUUAUAUCAAAUAUAAAAUGAAUCAAUUUAUUGCUUAGGCUUUAACUGUUCAAUUUGUGUGAUAAACUAACAGAUUAGGCCCAUUGCCAAGAACUCGUAAUACACCGUUCGUAUAGUUGCUGUUUGAAGCUCCCAAAAAAAUGUCAAGUGUUGUGUGCUGUGAGGGCGGCAGUAGGCGUGUCAGCGUGUUGUUGUUACUGUUGCUGUUGUGCCUGCAGCUGAUUUUGUCCUGCAAUGCGGGACGGAUCAAUCGGUCGGCCUUCAUGGACGGCGAUGUGCGAUCUGAGGUGGUCGAUCCCAACAAUCGCACCAUCUGGAGCAUGUUCAAUCUAACCCAAGAGCAGGUCAGACGCAUACAGAACGGUUCAAAUCCCAGUGGUAAGGAUGAGACAACACAAGCCACCAGGAAUCAACUGCUGGAUCAAAUAGCCGUAAGGCGGAUGAAUGAGGUACAACAACGCAUACAAUUUGCACUGUCCAAUAAACAGAAUGCCGAUGAGCCUCCAAGUGUGGAUGAUCAACCGAAGGCAACCCAUGAGAAGGCUGGUUAUCCUAUGUGCAACGGCGAGACGACUCUGCAGCACAACUGGCAGCGUUUAAAUAAUGUCACAUUACAGUUUGCCGACAGCAUUUUCCAGCACAAUAACAAUGCCACCAACGUGGAAAGCGCCUUUCUGCGGCUCUACAAGGUGAAUCCAAGGGCAACAGCUGGCCAGGAGGCAACACGCCAGCCAACGUCGGCAAUGGAACCCAUUUGCCCAGAACCCAUGCUCGAGUCCCAGAUACGCGUCACAGUCUCCAUUGUCUAUCAGCUGAAGAAGAAACGUAAGUUAAAAACUAAGAAACGCACCUGCAACACAAUGAUGCUGAGCUCGACCAAGACCGGCUGGGUGGACAUUGAUGUGAAAUGUGCCCUUAACUAUUGGUGUCAACCAGCAAGAGCACAAACUAACAACAACAACAAUAGCAAUGCACAUAUUGUUGUUGGCCAGCUGAUGAUCGAGGUGCACGAUGAUGAGGAGAAUCAACUGUUGCCCGGACUCUACUUUCGACCACCCACUUGUGAUCAGGCAGAUCUUGCAGUCCCUUGGACCUUCUACAGAUCAGCGACGAGUGUGUCUAGUUUGGAAAACAACAACUUGUCCAAAUGUCCAAGGUUAGAUGUGCUAUUCGUGGGCAAUGGAGAUUUGUCGGUGAAGAACUUCGACCAUAGCAACUACGAAAGAAGUCAGCUUGAAGCCUUAAAGCAUAAAACUUAUAAUCCAAACCGAAGCAAGGAAAACCUGAACACCGAAUCAACCACAUUAAAUUCACCCACAAUUGACAAUAUGCUUGAGAACAGCGAGAAUGAGAGCCAGGAGAUGGAGCAAGUUCAUCACCAUCGCCGGCAUCAUCAUCACAACCAACAACAGCAUUCAAUGCCAGACUGUGAAUCCAACUAUCAUCAUCGUCACCAUCAUCAGCAUCACAAUCAUCAUAAGCAUCAUAAUUCACAGAGCGAGGAGUAAACGCAUAUUCGCACACACACUCACACACACACACACACACGCACACAAUUCCAUUGCACAUGCAAUUCACCGAUUCAUGUCUCACACACACACACAUAUACAUACUAUACAUACAUGCAUAUAUGCUGGUGUUAGUUUAUUGUUUUUGUAUCUUUAGGGCCAGUUGACUUAAAUAGCUUUUAGUUCAUGUCA